UGGGGAGGAGGCGGGGCCGACAGGAAAGAGGAGCCGUGCUCGGCGCGAAAAGGGAACCCUCCAGAGCUGCGGCCGCGCAGCCGCCUUUCCUCCCUCUCGGGGCUGCGCGCCCAGGUCUGCGCCGCGCUCCGCCUCCAGUCGAGCACAGACCUGCGCACGCGUCGUGAGAGCGGCCGCCUCCGUCCCUCGCUGAGCUCGCGCUGGGGCUGCGCGUCUGGCCAGUGGGGGCGCCGCAGCCGGAGCCGCCCCGGAGCCGGUGAACCGAACGGCCUCAAGGGAGGGGCGUGGGGAAGGCGGCGGGAGGAGGAGCGCACGGGCCGGCCGCCGUGCCCACCACGGCUGAGGAGCAUGGUUUUCGAGUCGGUGGUCGUGGACGUAUUGAACCGGUUCUUGGGGGAUUAUGUGGUGGACCUGGACACGUCCCAGCUCUCUCUGGGCAUCUGGAAAGGAGCUGUGGCCCUCAAGAAUCUUCAAAUUAAAGAAAAUGCCCUGAGUCAACUGGAUGUACCAUUUAAAGUUAAAGUUGGUCACAUAGGUAAUCUUAAACUUAUAAUUCCAUGGAAAAACCUUUAUACUCAACCUGUUGAAGCUGUGUUGGAAGAAAUUUAUUUACUCAUAGUGCCUUCUUCUAGAAUAAAAUAUGAUCCUAUAAAAGAAGAGAAACAACUCAUGGAAGCAAAGCAACAGGAACUGAAAAGAAUAGAAGAAGCAAAACAAAAAGUAGUUGAUCAAGAACAACAUCUGCCGGAAAAACAGGACACUUUUGCAGAAAAAUUAGUUACACAGAUCAUAAAAAAUCUUCAAGUGAAAAUUUCCAGUAUCCAUAUUCGUUAUGAAGAUGAUAUCACAAAUCGGGACAAACCGCUGUCAUUUGGUAUUUCCCUUCAAAAUCUCAGCAUGCAGACAACUGAUCAAUACUGGGUUCCUUGUUUACAUGAUGAAACUGAGAAACUAGUUCGUAAGUUAAUCCGAUUGGAUAACCUUUUUGCCUAUUGGAAUGUGAAGUCUCAGAUGUUUUAUCUUAAUGAUUAUGAUGACUCCUUGGACGACUUGAGGAAUGGCAUUGUCAAUGAAAAUAUUGUUCCAGAAGGUUAUGAUUUUGUAUUUCGUCCCAUAUCUGCUAAUGCCAAACUUGUGAUGAAUCGCCGAUCUGAUUUUGACUUUUCUGCCCCCAAAAUAAACUUGGAUAUUGAAUUACAUAACAUAGCAAUUGAAUUUAAUAAACCACAGUAUUUCAGUAUUAUGGAGCUUCUUGAAUCAGUUGAUAUGAUGACACAAAAUAUGCCAUAUAGGAAAUUCAGACCUGAUGUGCCUCUUCACCACCAUGCCAGAGAAUGGUGGGCUUAUGCUAUACAUGGUGUUCUUGAAGUAAAUGUUUGCCCCAGGUUACGGAUGUGGUCAUGGAAGCAUAUUAGAAAACAUAGGGGGAAAAUGAAGCAAUAUAAAGAACUGUAUAAAAAAAAGUUAACAAGUAAGAAGCCACCUGGUGAACUUCUCGUGUCUUUGGAGGAGUUGGAAAAAACCUUGGAUGUCCUUAAUAUAACUAUAGCUAGACAGCAGGCAGAAGUUGAGGUAAAGAAAGCUGGAUACAAAAUUUACAAAGAAGGAGUAAAAGAUCCAGAGGAUAAUAAAGGGUGGUUUAGCUGGCUAUGGUCUUGGUCAGAACAAAAUACUAAUGAACAACAACCAGAUGUUAAACCUGGAAUUCUUGAAGAAAUGUUGACACCUGAAGAAAAAGCUUUACUCUAUGAAGCAAUUGGCUAUAGUGAAACAGCAGUUGAUCCAACUUUGCCAAAAACAUUUGAAGCCUUGAAGUUUUUUGUCCACUUGAAAAGUAUGUCUGUUGUUCUAAGAGAAAAUCAUCAAAAACCUGAGCUGAUAGAUAUUGUAAUAGAAGAAUUUAGCACCUUAAUUGUGCAAAGACCAGGAGCGCAAGCAGUAAAAUUUGAAACUAAAAUAGAUUCAUUUCAUAUUACUGGCUUACCAGAUAAUUCAGAAAAACCCCGCCUCCUGUCUUCAUUGGAUGAUGCAAUGUCACUCUUCCAAAUUACAUUUGAGAUAAAUCCAUUAGAUGAAACUGUUACUCAGAGGUGUAUCAUAGAAGCUGAACCUUUAGAAAUCAUAUAUGAUGCAAGGACAGUGAAUAGUAUAGUGGAAUUCUUCAGACCUCCAAAAGAGGUACAUCUAGCACAGCUCACUUCAGCAACUUUGACAAAACUGGAAGAAUUUCGCAAUAAGACAGCAACAGGUCUACUGUAUAUUAUUGAAACACAGAAAGUUCUUGAUCUCAGAAUUAAUUUGAAGGCUUCAUAUAUUAUUGUCCCACAAGAUGGAAUUUUUAGUCCUACAUCAAAUCUGCUUCUUUUGGACCUUGGUCAUCUUAAGGUGACAAGUAAAAGUCGUUCUGAAUUACCAGAUGUGAAACAAGGUGAGGCCAAUCUUAAAGAGAUAAUGGAUAUAGCUUAUGAUUCCUUUGAUAUUCAACUUACAAGCAUACAGCUGCUUUACAGUAGAGUUGGUGAUAAUUGGAGAGAAGCACGAAAACUCAAUGUAUCUACCCAGCAUAUUUUGGUACCCAUGCACUUCAAUUUGGAACUGUCUAAGGCCAUGGUUUUCAUGGAUGUAAGGAUGCCCAAAUUCAAGAUUUUUGGAAAGUUACCUCUUAUUUCUUUACGAAUCUCAGAUAAAAAACUACAAGGGAUUAUGGAAUUGGUUGAAAGCAUUCCAAAACCUGAACCAGUAACUGAAGUAUCUGCCCCUGUCAAAUCAUUCCAGAUUCAAACAUCUACUUCUUUGGGAACAUCACAGAUUUCACAGAAAAUAAUUCCUCUCUUGGAACUUCCGUCUGUUUCUGAAGAUGAUUCAGAGGAGGAAUUUUUUGAUGCACCAUGUAGUCCCUUGGACGAACCUCUUCAGUUCCCAACUGGAGUUAAAAGUAUUCGAACCAGAAAGUUACAAAAACAGGAUUGUUCAGUAAAUAUGACUACGUUUAAAAUACGAUUUGAAGUACCAAAGGUUUUGAUCGAGUUUUAUCACCUUGUUGGAGAUUGUGAACUAUCUGUGGUAGAAAUUCAUGUUUUAGGAUUGGGCACAGAAAUUGAGAUUAGAACAUACGAUUUGAAAGCAAAUGCCUUUUUGAAAGAGUUCUGCUUAAAAUGCCCAGAAUACUUGGAUGAAAACAGGAAACCAGUUUAUUUGGUUACAACGCUGGAUAACACAAUGGAAGACCUGUUAACGCUGGAAUAUGUAAAGGCUGAAAAGAAUGUACCCAACUUGAAAAGUACCUAUAACAAUGUUUUACAAUUGAUUAAGGUAAAUUUUUCCUCUUUGGAUAUUCAUUUACACACUGAAGCACUUCUGAAUACAAUAAAUUAUCUUCAUAAUAUCCUUCCGCAAUCAGAGGAAAAAUCAGCCCCAGUGUCCACUACAGAGACUGAAGACAAAGGAGAUGUCAUAAAAAAAUUAGCUUUAAAACUAUCCACGAAUGAAGAUAUCAUUACUUUGCAGAUUUUAGCAGAAUUAUCAUGUUUACAGAUCUUUAUUCAAGAUCAGAAACGUAACAUUUCUGAAAUUAAGAUUGAAGGGCUUGAUUCUGAGAUGAUUAUGAGGCCUUCAGAAACUGAAAUAAAUGCAAAGCUAAGGAAUAUAAUUGUUUUAGAUUCUGAUAUAACAGCUAUAUACAAAAAGGCUGUUUAUAUCACUGGAAAAGAAGUUUUCAGCUUCAAAAUGGUUUCUUACAUGGAUGCAACUGCUGGUUCUGCAUACACAGAUAUGAAUGUGGUUGACAUUCAGGUUAAUUUAGUAGUUGGUUGCAUUGAAGUAGUUUUUGUCACAAAAUUUCUAUGUUCUAUAUUGGCUUUUAUAGAUAAUUUUCAGGCAGCUAAACAAGCCUUGGCUGAGGCAACUGUUCAGGCAGCUGGAAUGGCUGCUACUGGUGUAAAAGAACUGGCACGAAGGAGUUCCAGAAUGGCACUGGAUAUUAACAUCAAAGCCCCAGUUGUGGUCAUCCCGCAGUCUCCAGUUUCUGAAAAUGUUUUUGUUGCUGAUUUUGGGCUAAUUACAAUGACAAAUACCUUUCAUAUGAUAACAGAGAGCCAGAGCUCUCCCCCACCUGUUAUUGAUUUGAUAACAAUAAAGCUGAGUGAAAUGCGACUAUACAGAUCUCAAUUUAUUAAUGAUGCAUACCAGGAAGUACUGGAUCUACUACUGCCAUUAAAUCUGGAGGUGGUGGUUGAACGAAAUUUAUGCUGGGAGUGGUACCAGGAAGUUCCUUGUUUUAAUGUAAAUGCUCAGCUGAAACCAAUGGAGUUCAUUCUUAGUCAAGAAGAUAUAACAACUAUUUUUAAAACAUUGCAUGGCAAUAUAUGGUAUGAAAAAGAUGGUAGUGCCUCACCUGCUGUAACAAAAGACCAAUACAGUGCCACUAGUGGAGUUACUACUAAUGCUUCACACCAUUCAGGAGGAGCAACUGUGGUGACAGCUGCCGUGGUAGAAGUACAUUCACGUGCCUCACUAGUUAAGACAACACUAAAUGUGAGCUUCAAAACUGAUUAUCUCACCAUGGUGCUGUAUAGUCCAGGUCCUAAACAAGCUUCCUUUGCAGAUGUUCGGGAUCCUUCUCUGAAACUUGCUGAAUUUAAAUUGGAGAAUAUUAUAAGUACUUUAAAAAUGUAUACAGAUGACUCAACAUUUUCUUCCUUCUCAUUAAAAAACUGUAUUUUAGAUGAUAAAAGGCCUCAUGUCAAGAAAGCAACUCCUCGAAUGAUAGGACUGACUGUUGGUUUUGACAAAAAAGACAUGAUGGAUAUAAAGUACAGGAAAGUCAGAGAUGGCUGUGUGACUGAUGCAGUCUUUCAAGAAAUGUAUAUUUGUGCAAGUGUAGAAUUUCUGCAGACUGUUGCAAAUGUCUUUCUGGAGGCCUACACCACAGGCACUGCUGUAGAAACCAGUGUGCAAACAUGGACUGCUAAGGAAGAAGUACCUACACAGGAAUUAGAGAAGUGGGAAAUUAAUGUUAUUAUUAAAAAUCCUGAAAUUGUGUUUGUGGCUGACAUGACAAAAAAUGAUGCUCCUGCUUUAGUCAUUACAACACAAUGUGAAAUUUGCUAUAAAGGUAACCUUGAAAAUAGCACAAUGACUGCUGCUAUUAAAGAUCUCCAAGUGAGAGCCUGCCCGUUUCUUCCAAUCAAGAGAAAAGGCAAAGUCACUACUGUUUUGCAGCCCUGUGACUUGUUUUAUCAAACUACUCAGGCAGGUACAGAUCCACAAGUGAUCGAUAUGUCAGUAAAAUCCCUGACACUAAAGGUUUCACCAGUUAUUAUAAAUACUAUGAUUACCAUAACUUCAGCACUGUAUACAACUAAGGAAACCAUCCCAGAAGAAACAGCUUCUUCUACUGCACAUUUAUGGGAAAAGAAGGAUACAAAGACUUUAAAAAUGUGGUUUCUUGAAGAAUCAAAUGAAACUGAAAAAAUAGCUCCCACAACUGAAUUGGUACCCAAAGGCGAGAUGAUAAAAAUGAACAUUGAUUCUAUUUUUAUAGUUCUUGAGGCUGGAAUUGGUCAUAGAACAGUGCCUAUGCUUCUGGCAAAGUCACGUUUUUCAGGGGAAGGCAAAAACUGGAGUUCCCUAAUAAAUCUGCACUGUCAGCUUGAGCUAGAAGUGCAUUAUUAUAAUGAAAUGUUUGGUGUAUGGGAGCCUUUGCUUGAACCCUUAGAAAUUGAUCAGACUGAGGAUUUUAGACCAUGGAAUCUUGGUAUCAAGAUGAAAAAGAAAGCCAAAAAGGCCAUUGUUGAGUCAGAUCCUGAAGAAGAAAACUACAAAGUGCCAGAAUAUAAAACUGUCAUUAGUUUCCAUUCAAAAGACCAAUUAAACAUUACAUUAUCCAAAUGUGGUCUUGUAAUGUUAAAUAAUUUAGUCAAGGCAUUUACAGAAGCUGCCACUGGAUCUUCAGCUGACUUCGUAAAGGAUCUGGCACCAUUUAUAAUUUUAAAUUCCCUUGGACUUACUAUCUCUGUUUCGCCAAGUGAUUCUUUUAGUGUACUCAGCAUUCCUAUGGCAAAAUCAUAUGUAUUGAAAAAUGAAGAAAGUUUAAGUAUGGAUUAUGUCCGAACCAAGGACAAUGAUCAUUUCAAUGCAAUGACCAGCCUAAGCAGCAAACUCUUCUUCAUUCUUCUUACACCUGUUAACCAUUCUACUGCUGAUAAGAUUCCUUUAACAAAAGUGGGACGACGUCUGUACACUGUAAGACACAGAGAGUCUGGAGUUGAAAGAUCUAUUGUUUGUCAAAUUGAUACAGUGGAAGGAAGUAAGAAGAUCACAAUUCGCUCCCCAGUGCAGAUAAGAAAUCAUUUUUCAGUCCCACUGUCUGUUUACGAAGGGGAUACCUUAUUGGGAACUGCCUCACCUGAAAAUGAAUUCAACAUACCAUUAGGAUCUUAUCGAUCAUUCCUUUUUCUGAAGCCAGAAGAUGAGGACUAUCAAAUGUGCGAAGGAAUUGACUUUGAAGAGAUUGUGAAAAAUGAUGGUGCUCUUCUAAAGAAGAAAUGUAGAUCUCAAAACCCUUCCAAGAAAUCAUUUCUCAUUAAUAUUGUUCCAGAAAAAGAUAAUUUAACGUCUCUAUCAGUGUAUUCAGAAGAUGGUUGGGAUUUACCAUACGUAAUGCAUUUGUGGCCACCUAUCCUGCUCCGAAAUCUUCUUCCUUACAAAAUUGCUUAUUAUAUAGAGGGAAUUGAAAAUUCAGUUUUUACUCUAAGUGAAGGACAUUCAGCCCAGAUUUGUACUGUACACUUGGAUAAAGCCAGGCUACGUUUAAAAUUACUUGACUAUCUCAAUCACGAUUGGAAAAGUGAAUAUCACAUAAAGCCUAAUCAGCAAGACAUUAGUUUUGUCAAUUUUACCUGUAUUACAGAAAUGGAAAAGACUGAUUUAGAUAUUGCUGUCCAUAUGACUUAUAAUACUGGUCAGACAGUUGUGGCAUUUCAUAGUCCUUAUUGGAUGGUCAACAAAACUGGUCGCAUGUUACAGUACAAAGCAGACGGAAUUCAUCGAAAGCAUCCACCUAAUUAUAAAAAGCCAGUUCUCUUUUCUUUUCAGCCAAAUCACUUUUUUAAUAACAAUAAGGUUCAACUUAUGGUAACUGAUAGUGAAUUGUCCGAUCAGUUUUCAAUUGAUACUGUUGGUAGUCAUGGAGCUGUUAAAUGUAAAGGCCUGAAAAUGGACUAUCAAGUUGGUGUCACUAUAGACCUGAGCAGUUUUAACAUUACUAGAAUUGUGACAUUUACCCCUUUUUAUAUGAUUAAAAACAAAAGCAAAUACCGUAUAUCAGUGGCUGAAGAAGGAACUGAUAAAUGGCUCUCUCUUGAUUUGGAGGAGUGUAUCCCCUUUUGGCCUGAGGAUGCUUCUAGUAAACUUCUUAUUCAAGUUGAAGGGAGUGAAGAUCCUCCCAAAAGGAUAUAUUUUAACAAGCAAGAAAAUUGUAUUCUAUUGCGUCUGGAUAACGAGCUUGGAGGUAUUAUAGCAGAAGUGAAUUUGGCUGAGCAUUCUACAGUUAUUACAUUUUUAGAUUAUCAUGAUGGAGCAGCUACAUUCCUCUUAAUAAAUCACACAAAGAAUGAACUUGUUCAAUACAAUCAAAGUUCUCUCAGUGAAAUAGAAGAUUCCCUCCCUCCUGGAAAAGCAGUGUUUUAUACAUGGGCUGAUCCAGUGGGCUCUAGAAGGCUGAAGUGGAGAUGUAGAAAAAGCCAUGGUGAAGUAACACAAAAGGAUGAUAUGAUGAUGCCUAUAGAUUUGGGGAAAAAGACUAUUUAUUUAGUUUCAUUCUUUGAAGGUUUACAACGCAUUAUUUUAUUCACUGAAGAUCCAAAGGUAUUUAAAGUAACAUAUGAAAGUGAGAAAGCAGAGUUAGCAGAGCAAGAAAUUGCAGUGGCAUUACAAGAUGUUGGAAUUUCUCUUGUCAACAAUUACACGAAGCAAGAAGUAGCCUAUAUAGGCAUCACAAGUUCUGAUGUGGUUUGGGAGACAAAGCCCAAGAAGAAGGCAAGGUGGAAGCCAAUGAGUGUAAAGCACACUGAGAAGUUAGAGAGAGAAUUUAAGGAAUAUACUGAAUCUUCACCUUCAGAAGAUAAGGUUAUUGAGUUGGACACUAACAUUCCGGUUCGCUUAACACCUACUGGUCAUAACAUGAAAAUUCUGCAGCCGCGUGUAAUAGCUCUACGAAGAAAUUAUCUUCCAGCAUUAAAAGUGGAAUAUAACACAUCCGCACAUCAAUCAUCAUUUAGAAUUCAAAUCUACAGAAUACAGAUCCAAAAUCAGAUACAUGGUGCUGUAUUUCCCUUUGUGUUUUAUCCUGUUAAACCUCCAAAGUCGGUCACCAUGGAUUCAGCACCAAAGCCCUUUACAGAUGUCAGUAUUGUCAUGAGAUCUGCAGGACAUUCCCAGAUAUCACGUAUUAAGUAUUUCAAAGUAUUGAUUCAAGAAAUGGAUCUCAGGUUAGAUCUUGGGUUUAUCUAUGCUUUAACAGACCUUAUGACAGAAGCUGAGGUAACUGAAAAUACAGAGGUUGAGCUUUUUCAUAAAGAUAUAGAGGCUUUCAAAGAAGAAUAUAAAACAGCCUCAUUAGUAGAUCAAUCACAAGUCAGCCUCUAUGAAUAUUUUCAUAUAUCUCCUCUCAAGUUACAUUUAAGUGUUUCACUGAGUUCGGGCGGAGAAGAAGCUAAAGAUUCAAAACAAAAUGGAGGACUGAUUCCAGUUCAUUCUUUAAAUCUUUUGCUGAAGAGUAUUGGUGCCACACUGACAGAUGUACAAGAUGUAGUUUUUAAGCUUGCAUUUUUUGAACUCAACUAUCAGUUCCAUACAACAUCCGACCUACAGUCUGAAGUCAUAAGACACUAUUCAAAACAGGCCAUUAAGCAGAUGUAUGUACUCAUUCUUGGACUUGAUGUUUUGGGAAAUCCAUUUGGCUUAAUUAGAGAAUUUUCUGAAGGUGUAGAAGCAUUCUUUUAUGAACCUUACCAGGGAGCCAUCCAGGGUCCUGAAGAGUUUGUGGAGGGAAUGGCACUAGGACUUAAGGCACUAGUUGGUGGAGCUGUUGGUGGAUUAGCGGGUGCUGCCUCCAAAAUCACCGGUGCUAUGGCUAAAGGGGUAGCAGCUAUGACCAUGGAUGAAGACUACCAACAGAAGAGAAGAGAAGCCAUGAAUAAGCAACCAGCUGGUUUUAGAGAAGGCAUCACUCGUGGAGGAAAAGGCUUAGUUUCUGGAUUUGUUAGUGGCAUAACGGGAAUUGUUACAAAACCAAUCAAAGGAGCUCAAAAAGAAGGAGCAGCUGGUUUCUUUAAAGGUGUUGGGAAAGGUUUAGUGGGAGCGGUAGCAAGGCCAACUGGAGGCAUCAUAGACAUGGCUAGCAGUACAUUUCAGGGAAUAAAAAGAGCUACAGAGACUUCUGAAGUGGAGAGUCUGCGGCCUCCUCGGUUCUUCAGUGAAGAUGGAGUUAUCAGACCGUACAGGUUGAGGGAUGGUACUGGAAAUCAGAUGUUACAGGUCAUGGAAAAUGGAAGAUUUGCAAAAUACAAAUAUUUUACCCACGUCAUGAUCAAUAAGACAGAUAUGCUAAUGAUAACCAGACGUGGUGUAUUGUUUGUAACAAAGGGAACAUUUGGACAGCUCACGUGUGAGUGGCAGUAUAGCUUUGAUGAGUUUACCAAAGAGCCAUUCAUUGUUCAUGGGAGAAGAUUGCGCAUUGAAGCAAAGGAACGAGUGAAGUCUGUAUUUCAUGCCAGAGAGUUUGGAAAAAUAAUUAACUUCAAGACCCCAGAGGAUGCCAGGUGGAUCCUUACAAAGCUAGAAGAAGCAAGAGAACCUUCUCCGAGCCUCUGACAGAGAACACUGCCUGAAGACACACAGCAAUAAGGAAUUACAGCUCCUAGACUGUACCUUUCAAAACCUGUUUGGGAAGCAUAUUACAGAAAUAAUUUCAAGUACCCUGUAUUUUGGAUGAUAAAAAAAAAAACAAAAAACAGAAUCAGGUAAAACAGCUAUGUGAUUAAAAUAUUUCAAUUCUUCAGCAAUUACCUGGUUUUCUAACUUGAAUCAUGCAUCUAUUUAUAAUUAUAAUUAUUUUGUAAAAGAAGAAAAAAUUAUGAAUCUUAAAUAUUUGCUCCAAGUUUUUCUCUGUAAUGGUGGAGAGGCUGCCCGUAAUUCAUCUCCACAUGGAGCCAAGUUUAAUGUUUCUAGUUCACAUUUUGAACUUCCAUCAUGCUUAUUUCAGACUCCCUGAGUGAUGGGUAAACAAUCAAAUCAAACAUUGCCUCAGUGGUAUCAAGAGAACUUUGGUGGUGGUUUCUUCAGAAUCAUGAAGUUCUUUUUAUAGACAAAUAUUUUGAUAUUAUUUUCCUUAUUUUUAAUAUAAAGGAUAGGUUUGAAUUAUACUUAAAAUGCAUAGCAUGAUUAUUUAAAACAAUCUUUUAAAAUACAAUUUAUAACAUAGAUUGAAGCCUCCCCUUAAGAAAACUUAAAGAAAUUAGUAUGCUACUCAAAAAAGGAAGUCUCUGAGAACUUUAGGGACUUUGAAAUAUUUCCUCAAGCGUAUUUCAUGAGAUCUACUUGGUUUAUCCAAGUCAUGUUUUUAAUAGACUGCUAAUAUCAAAGGAGAAUAUCUAAAGCCUUAACAAUGCCUACUUUCCAUUCACUGUUAACAUGGAAUAUACAAAAUUCCCAACAUCUUAGAUACAGUGAAUUAUGCUUCCAACAGACAGUCCUUCUCAUAAGUAAGUGUAUGUACCCUGAAAUCUAGCCCAAUAAGGUGUCCUGUUGCCAACAGAUUGAGAAUUUCUGGUUUGCUUUCUCUACAGUUAUUCAAAUGAGAGUCACUCUUCUAAAUUUACAGCUCAUCACAGAAAUCAUCAGCUAUACAUUAGUAAAAAUAAGGACAUGAGGUUUUCUUUCUUGGUUUUUGUCCAAGAUCUUUGCACCUUAAUAUUAAUGGACUCUUUCAGGUAAAAGGGAAUGAAUGUAUGAUUGUGAACUAUGAAGAGAAUGAUGCAGGAUCCUAUUUAGAUACUGAAUAAUACGGAGUAUUCAAUGCAUGUUGUAUGUGCCACCAAGUUAUUAUAAACUGUUUUUGGAAUUGAAGACUCUGUAUAGUCAAUGGUUGUGAAAUUCUUCUCAGGCUCCUAAAACCCUUGCUUUGUUGUAAAAGCUAAAAUAAACAGCAUGCUAUAUUGUAAUUGUUAUUUCUUGCUGACCAAAUCUACUUAAUGCUUCUGAUUUCUCUCUGAUGAGUAAAACACAUUGUUUAUUCUCAGUAGUUUCUCCCAAAAUGCUUUUUGCUCUGCUGAACUUAAAUUGAAUCAAACUACACGUUUCAAACCACAUGAAAGUGUGUUUCCAUGUUGACCUUUUUAUAAAAAAAAAGAAAAAAAAGUGCAUAUUUUCUCUGUUGCUAAGCUCCUCCAGUUUUGCUUUUGUCAGAAUUAAACCUAAGAGUAGAGGUAGUCAGAGAGCUUGCAUCAGAUUGUCCUCAUCCAAAACAAAAUACUUCAUUACCCAUUCCAAUGUUAUGAGUUCACCGGUCUCAGAAAAAUUACAGCCCCCCUGCCUCCCUGGGUGUAGUGUCGUGAAGCAGAAAAGCCUUACACAAAUAGUAAACAUAGAAAUUCUUCUGGUGUCCUCUGGCAGCCAGCAGGAGUGGGUCUUGUAACUAGUCCACAUAGAAAGGAUAGUGCCUGUCUUUCUUGUUCCCUUGCCAUAAGAAUCAUGAAAUAUCUCUUCUUCUUCUUUCCCUGCCACUGGUUUACACGUCACCUCCUCCCAUGGCUUCCUUGUCUCUAGAGGGACCCACACUUUCAAGAGCUACAUCGUAUCAUUUGUUUAAGAAGCUUGUCUUCAUCUAAACAAAAACAGUAAGAACAUCAGUAGAUCACUAGAUAACGAGUCAGUGUUUUUAGCAUCACAUUUUACAAUUUAGUUUUUGUUUGAUUCUAUAGCCCAUUUUUCUUGAAGGUUAGAAUAUACAAUCGUCUUGUAUUUGAAAACCAUCUGCCCUAAAUUACAUUUAACUACAAUAAAUGGCUCUCUGCUGGAGAAAUUUAAGCUUGUCUUAAGUUGUUUGGUGGUGGCUAUGGAAUGAGGUGUUCAGUCUUGUGCCCCUUCCAUGUAUUAUUUGCUAACUCUAUUACUAGGCCCUUAAUUCCAGCAUAGCAUGUCUUCUGGUCUAUGAUAAUUAUGCGAGGACCAAGACAGAGUUCCCAGCCAACUCUCCACCAGAAAAUCAUAAGUCAUUGGAAAGAGCGACUUUGAUUUCUUCACAUUUAGAAAAUACUCUCUGAGCCAAAAGACACGUACACUUCUCCAGUGUCUUCCCUUGUAGAGUGUAUAUAUUUGCUGCUUUUCCUCUACUGUUUGCAAAAAUCCCAAGGUCAGUUUAGUGUGGCUGAGUUGUUAUCUGGACUCUAAAUAAUCAUUACCACCUGUAGGCAGUUCUUACCUACCCCUCUCCUCCACAAUCCUAAUCCAUUUGGAGGCAACUAUCCUGUGGCCUCCAAAUGAAUCAGUCUUUCUUAGACUUACAUGAUCUUUUCUAUAAUAAUUCUCUCUCUCAUUUCUUCUGAUGGUAAUAGCAGUAAUAUUGUUCCAGUGAAUAUCUAUGCACCUAGCUCAUCUCAUAGAAACAUCCCACACAGUAGCAUUGUAUUACUGUCUGGUAAAAAGUAAGAUUAAAUUAAAAGGACUCUACACAGUGCUGAAUUUCCUGCACCUAAAUUACCCAGUUAUCACUUGCCAGUAUUCGUUGAUCCCUCAGGCUGUGUCAAGUGCCCCUUCACGUAGGCCCCUGUAUUAAAAAGAUUGGGACAAUAUACUUGAUUAGUUUGCCUGUAGAAGCUCAAAGUAUGUGCCAAAUACAUCGACAGUGGAUGCUUUGGUGGCUCAGCCAACACAGAUCAGAGAAAUCUUUUCGGGUUCCAGGGCUAUUGCUUGUUACCUUUUGUCAGGAUCAACCCAAAUCCUCAGGGAUGCUGUUUUUCCACACUAAGUCCUAACUCAUUUGUGGGUCAUGAAAUCAACUCAACAGCUCAAGACCAGUAUAUUUUAAAAGUGAAAUAAAAAAUAGAGGAACAAUAGAGCAUGUAAAAUGGUUAAGUACUGGUUCCUGUUUCAGCGAAAUCUUCUAUUUACUGUGUAUACGGGAUCACAAGAUAAAGUGUUUCCUAUUUUGAAAUGCAAUUGAAAAAAAGAAAGCUUGAAAGACUCUGCAGGAGGCAUGGGCCAUCCAGUGACUGUUGGAAGAGUCUGGAUUGUGUGGAGCCUGACCUUAGAUAAGGAGCAGCAGAUCCACAGCUCAGGAAGUCUAGAGAGGCUCAGCACUUUCUCUUUUGAGUGAGAAGAUGGAAUCACUCUUGUUUGGUUUCUGAAACAUUUUUCUUCUCUGCUGUGUAUCAGGCACCUCGUAUGAUCCAGUGGAACCAGAAAAAGCAUAGAAAAAUCAGAUCCACAAACAGCACCCACAAAAGGCCACAGCAGUCUUUUGUUUACCUAGAUGUACUUUAACCUCUUUACCACUAAGCAUUUUACUAUCAUAGAAUUGGGGACAGACAUUGUCCUUUGGAGUCCGUUGAAUUUGCACCAUCUUCCUUUUGGCUGAUUGACCAUACAGGUGGCAAAGGCCUUUAAAAAUGGGGAGCUAAUAUGUAGGGCACAUUCUGGUAGGGCCAAAAUAUUCACUAUGCAAAUAUCAAUGCCUUUUUACCAAAAACAGUGGAUUUCCUCAUUGCUUUAAGAUCCAAGUAGAAAAGGUAAAUAACUCACAUUCCAUAUGCAGGACUCAAUACAGACUUAGUCAAUCUGAUUUUCUUUGGUGCUAUUCAGUAUAGCGCAACUCGAAAAGGAACCCCAUUCACUCUCCUGCUUAGUCCUUUGAAAUAUACUUUUGAAGUUAUCCCUUAUCAUUAAUGGCAACCUAAUCAAGCUAGGAUUCGUCGGUUAAAAUUGCAAUUCUUGUAAUCUGUACUGUCCAUUUUUGGCCACUCCGACUGUUAGAGCAAACUUUUCUCCACUGUCACAAUUGGUCUAAAGUAGUAUUUGUUUCAGGACUAUCCGAAAAGCAAAGCCGGCACAUUGAGAAGAUACAGAAUCCUACUCUAUUACACACCUUACUCAUGUUUCUUUGAUUGAAACCUUUUUCUACUUUAUAUUUCCUCUUUUGUAAAUUUUUCCAUGUCGUUUAAAAAAUUUUUUACUUUAGAAUUACAGAUGAGUUCUUUUUUUAAAGCAUUAUGGCAUUUAAAAAAAAAAUUUUGGUUACCCAAAAAGCUAUACAAGAAAUAUAACUUCAAUUUUUUUAGGCUGAUAUGGGUAUUUUUUAAAGUUUUUAUUACUUUAUACAAAUACAAAUUAUAGUUUAACACCUGCUAUGAUGAUAGAUAUCACACUGUUAUGAUAGAAAAUCCCUGUCAGUCAUUGAACUAUUCAUUUUGUGUUACUCUGAUACCUCAAUAAUGUGCUCCUUCUAAUGAAGUCCUUGUAACAAGAAACCCUGUGAGAUUGGUAUAAUGAGAUAUCUAAUAAUCAGAAGUAUAAUUAAAGUAGAACAUGUUGGAAAAUCCUAACAUUUCCUGUUAUGCCAUCGUACCUCCGGUGUUCAGUUCACUACUCAAAAGUUCCCAAUUCUCGGGCUGAAAAACAUUCAAGUAAAAAUGUAGCAUAGAUUACACUGAAAUAUUUUCAAUAUCGAUGAUUUAAUAGCCACACUCACAAACUAUUAGGAAUGGUAUCUGGGACUUGUUACAAGGUCAGAUAGAUUGUUACAGACUUUUAAAAAUAAUUAUCUCUGUAUAUGACUGUGUAUUACAUAUAAAAAUGAUUUUUUCAGGAAAGGUGCACUUUAAAAAUAUUCUCUUGCUAGUUUUUUUAAUUGAUCAAAUAGCCUGUGCUGCUUUGGAAUGUUUAUUCUUGGAUGAAAAUAUGGUCAUUGAUUAUGAUAGUUUUAAAAAUAUCUAUUUCUGCAUCGCUGCAGGAUUUCCUACACUUUUCUGUUCCUCAUUCCUCUUUUAUGUGUGCUUGGCUCAGUUGCCUGUUACACAGUCUCUGCCUUGGUUUUGUGUAUUCUAAGAUAAUUUAUAAACACAGAUGUUUACAGUGAAGUUCUUCCUUUUGAAACUAAUCUUAUUCUUUUAUUCCUCUCUCUAAAAAUUGGUUGGCCAUGCUCACUAAUGACUUUCUUAACAAUAAUCAUUUCUUGGUAUUGGUAGAUUUGGAUUGCAUGGUAAGAUGACUGUCCAUUUUCACCAUGUAUACCUUUGUCAAAUAAAGAUUUCUGAUCUUU